AUGUACGGGCCGAACCCAUCAACAGCAGUUUCUGAUGUAUGGACUCGAGCUGCCGCUGCAAAUCCAGGACCAAUUCCUCUUGGUAGUGGCAGUGGUGGUCCAACACGUUUACCAACUGUAACUAAUUCAAAUUUACCACUAAAUGCAACAUCUGGACUAAACAACCGACCUCCACCGAUUCCACAAACGCCGCGUACACCUUUUCCUUCAAUUCAACAACCGUUUGGUCAAAAUAAUAGUCUAAUAUCGAAUAACUAUGCUACAGCUAAUAGUGCACCAUCGUUUAAUCAAACGUCCAUGAAUUUAGCACAAAAUCAAAAUCAAAAUAGUCAAUAUGAAGCUUAUCAACGACGAUUGAUGCAACUUGAAGGUGAAAAUGAAGAUCGAAGAGCAGCUACAAUGAAUCUUGCACAAAUGGGUACCCAAUUAUUACAAGGUCAGAUGGAUGUUCAAGAACAAGUUUUACAAUAUCAAUUUAUGUUAGAACAAUGUAUGGAAACGCUUGAUCAUCAAAAUUUUAUUCUAAACGAACAAGCUGAAGAAUUAGCAUUAUUUCGAGCUAAAAUGAGACAUUUUGAAUAUCUAAUGGAUGCAUUGAAACUUAGCAAAGAAGGAAAUAGUCUUGCAGAAAAUCUGUCUCGAGAUUUGACUAACAAUCAAUUAUGUUGUCGAGAGCCAUUAUCAUUACCAGCCCCAUCGACAUCUCCUUUUUUUGCCGGUGGCCCGACGCGUAUUACAGCUUCAACAUUUCAGCCAUUUAAUCCUCGAUAUCGAUCACCAAAUGCUCGUGCAGUAGCAGCUGAAAAUUUAAAUAGACGUCGAAGUGUAACUCCAACAACUGCUAAUCGUAAUCUUCCUAAUUCUAAUGGAAGACCUACUCGUCGUUUCGGUAACAAUAAUAACAAUAAUUAA